AUGACCAGCUCCGGCGAGCCGAGCAAGAAGCGAACUUCCUUCUCCUUGCUGUCAUCGUGGAUAGACCCCGCUACGUCUUCCAAGCCAGAAAUGCACGACACCGAACCGGCCAACGGUAGAUUUAUCCCAGAGAGCAAACGCGGGUGGAAGUAUGAUCCGCCCUACCCCCAAGCUGCUUCAUCCUCGGCAACAGCACCAUCAAACCCGGCAAAAGCGCGACGCAGUCAUGACGCUCCAUCAAGGCCGAGCCCCAACGCAACCGGCUUGAGUCCUAAAAACCUCGACUUGUCUGCCGAUGCCCCAGAAUCCUCUGCGACUCCACCGCCCGACUCAGCACCCGAGACUCCAAAGCCAAAGUCAAACAAUUUGACUGGUACAGCUCUGGGACUGAGCUCGUCAGAGUCUUCCUUUUCGGAUGACGAGCCUGAACCAAGCCCGCCGAACUCAGGUCAGCAGAUUUCUCUACACAACGCUGCUCCAUCUGUUCAGCUCGACGGCAGACGUCAUCCAGACGACCUCGUAUUCCCAGAUGCAUACCCCUGGAAGCCAUCCACCAGAAAUCCAAAAGCCAAGUUCAUCCAUCCCGCUCAUCGUAAUCCCACCGCCAAACAAGCUUUCUACGACACACACUUUGGGUCUUCUUCCAACUAUCGCGGGCUGCUACCCGCUUCAGGCUCUCUUUUGAACCUCACCUCCGCAAAGGCAGAGGCGAAACGCAGAUCGUCAACUGAAAAAAUUGACCUCCCCGAAGCUACUCCCGAUGAUCCAGCAGACGUCGACGCCCAGUCGAAUUUCCUCGUCUCCACCGUCAAAAAGCCGUUCGCUACUGCUUCAAAGCUCCUGACCAAAGCUCGUCGCAAGAGUCUCGGUGCUGUCUCGUUCUUUGGCGAAGGCAAUACGCACAACAAUACAACACAGAAGGAUAUACAGGCGAGUCGGCACCGUCCUCCUCCGGUUCCCCUCUACAAUGGCAAUGGAGACGGUUUUGACGCACAGAGAUCUGGUUUCAGCUAUGGUCUCUCCAUGGAAGAUGCGGCUCAGGUAGAGGCGGUCGUCUCACGUCAUGCCUCUAGCGAGAACGUCUGCACACCGGUCCGACUGGACCAACAACUACUGCCGCCAGCCUCGCAGGAAGCAUCUCCUUCACGCUGGAGAGAAGCAAUGCAAAGCGCAUGGGGCUUCCUUCCCAGCUUUGAGUUCUUUGCUUCUUCUAACGCCCCUGCUGACGACUCCAAAGACCUCACUAUGACUCCAUACGCCAACAUGCUUGAGCCAGAAGCCAUCCCGACGGUCAAGAAGGACGCUGGCUGCCCGGAUUACUUUACGAAUCUCUCGGGAAACGUGGUCAUCAUGGGUGGAUACAGAGGGAGCGUGCUGCGAGACGCUGAGACUUCCAUGAUGAUGUGGAUCCCAAUUCGUGUCGGCGUAGGUCUGCGUCGACCCACGCUUGAGCUCGGUCUUUCAACAAGCGCCGAAGAAAAGUCGGAAGAGCUGGUUUACUCGUCAGAGAUGUGCACCUCGAUCGGAAAGCUCGUCGAUAUGGGCAAGCGACUGGAAGAGCGCAUUGCGGGUCGAAGGCAUGCCAAGGCGUACGCUUGGGGCUACGACUGGCGCCUCUCGCUCGCACGCUCCUCGCGCAGGCUGAUUCAGUUCCUCGAAGAGCUCUACGAGGCUUCUGCGGAUGCCUCGACGGGCAAGAAGCGAGGCGCAAAGGUGGUAGCGCAUUCCAUGGGAGGCCUCGUCGCCUUGCACGCAUUGGCAACGUGCAACAACCCGCGCAUCUUCGAAGGCCUCGUCUUCGCCUCUACGCCCUUCCGCGGCACACCCAACAUCCUCGGUCCUUUCCGCUUCGGUGACGCUGCGCUGUUCAACGAUACUAUCUGCUCGCCUCGUGCCACUUUUAGCUUUCGAAGCAGCUUCUAUUUGCUACCCACGGACGGUAGGUGUUUCGAGGUCCCCGUCGGUGAUCCAGAACAGGACGAGGAGGAUCUCACGGAACAGCAGAAGAAAGAUCGCUUCAAAGAUGUCGACUUCUUGGAUCCGGACGUGUGGAACGAGCUUGGCUUAAGUCCGUGUCUGGAAAUUGGAAGGAGGCAGCAGAUGGUUGCACUCGCUCGGAAGAGCCAUGGCGCGCGCGAGACUAGAGGGCUUGUCUCUGCGCUCAAGCAUGACGGCAAUGCUAGACUCACGGCGCAAGAGUCUCAGGUGGACCGGCAAGACGAUUAUGCCGAGGCGGUGUCAUCGGAAUUGGAUGUUGCGCGUGCUCAAGUCGAGGAACACGCCAAGCCAAACGGUCUCACCAUGGGUGUCAUGGAAGGCUUGACUGACGGAAGCGCGCGCGUGGGCGGCGAUUCUGGUGCACAGCUGCCAGCUGACGACGAGGAACAAGAAGCGCUUCAACCAGAGAAUCGUCAAGGCGCGCAACGAAAUGCUCCUGUCGCUGAUUCCUCUUCAGACGAUAGUGAGUUCGACAAGCUCGACUACGCGACUCAAAGCUGGGUCUACCUCGAGCGCACGCUGGAUCAAGUGCGACGAUUCUGGGCCGACAUCGAGCAAGGGUUUGACGAGUCCAAGUUUAAGGAUGGUGUCUAUCCUCCACUGAUGAUUCUCACUUCGGGACGGACACCGUGCGUUCGCGGGGCGCUAGUAGGCUUCGAUACGAAAUACGCCCAAGCGCAUGCGUCGGCACAUGCGUCCGCGCCCAGAACUUGGAAGGACGACGUUCGAGCCGGCGACUACUCGCGCAUGGCAUACGGCGCAGGAGACGGCGUCAUCACGCGUCGUUCUGCAACCUCGCUCCCCGGCCGCUGGCCGCUCCUCCUCGUCAAACGCUCCGAAGCCGAAUCUCUACCCCCACAUCUGCACGCCAAACCCCCCGCAAAGCCGUCCACUCUGAAACUCGAUAGGUACACAAUCCACUUGGACGGCCAAGCCAUCGUAGAGAGCGCCCACCGCCAUGUCACCCUCCUCAGCGAUGUCGAUGCCGUCGGCAAGUGUCUCGAGGCGAUCAGGAGGGCCAACCUCGUCCGAAGCAGCUAG